AUGUGGCAGGCCCCCGGCCCCGGCCCCGCCUGCAUGUCCCGGUGUCACCGCCCGCGCCUGCCGCGCCACGCCCACCUGCGCCGGGGGCUGCACCCCGGACCCCCUGGGACCCCGGAGCCCCCCAACCCGGGAGGGGCCUGGCCGGGGCGGGGGCGCUGCCGGGGGUCUGGGGCGGAAGUGCAGUGCGUUCCGGGCGGAAGUGGGGCGGAAGUGCAGUGCGUUCCGGGCGGAAGCGGAAGCGCUGCGGUGUCGGUGCCAAUGGCGGCGGCGGCGGCGGCGGCUCCGGGGCCCGGUCCUGGGCCCGGUCCGGGUGCGGGGCCCGGUCCGGGCGGUCCCGCAGGCCCCACCGGUGCCGCUUCGGUUGCCGCUCCCGCUGCCGGUGCCGCUGCCGGCGCGGCCCGCACGAAGAAGAAGCAGAAGCAGAAGCGGUUCGUGCCGCAGCGGGUGAAGCCGCCCCGCGCCGCGGAGCCGCUGCUGGCAGUGCUGGCCUGGGGAGUCACGCACCAGAUCAACGAGCUGGCGCAGGUGCCCCUGCCCGUGAUGCUCCUGCCCGACGACUUCAAGGCCAGCUCCAAGAUCAAGGUCAACAACCACCUGUUCAACAGGGAGAGCCUGCCCAGCCACUUCAAGUUCAAGGAGUACUGCCCGCAGGUGUUCCGCAACCUGCGCGAGCGCUUCGGCAUCGACGACACCGACUACCAGGUGUCCCUGGCCCGUCACCCCCCCCGCUGGUCCCAAACCUCCCCCCGGUUGUUGCUCUCGGCCGACCGGACGCUGGUGCUGAAGGAGCUCAGCAGUGAGGGCGUGGCCGACCUGCACGGGCUGCUGGCACACUAUCACCAGUACGUGGUGCAGGUGCACGGGCAGACGCUGCUGCCGCAGUUCCUGGGCAUGUACCGCGUCAGCGUGGACAGCGAGGAGCGGUACCUGCUGGUCAUGAGGAACCUGUUCAGCCACCGCCUGCCCCUGCACAGGAAGUACGACCUCAAGGGCUCCCUCGUGGACAGAGAGGCCAGCGACAAGGAGAAGGGGAAGGAGCUGCCCACGCUGAAGGACGUGGAUUUCCUCAACAACAACGAGAAGGUGUUUGUGGGGCCGGAGCAGCAGCGACACUUCAUGGACAAGCUGCGCAGGGACGUGGAGUUCCUGGUGCAGCAGAAGCUGAUGGGGUACAGCCUCCUGCUGGGCAUCCACGACCUGGAGCGGGGCGAGCAGGACGAGGAGGAGGAGCCGGAGGAGGAGGAGCCCCCCGGGGACGAGGGGGGGUGGGGGCCCUACGGCACCUCCCCCGAGGGGCUGGGGGGGCUCCUCAACUCCUACAGACCCCCCGGGCCCGGGGAGUUGGACCCCGCCGUGGACGUGUACGGGGUCAGGGGCCGAGGAGCCCCCCGCAGGGAGCUGUACUUCAUGGGGCUGGUGGACGUGCUCACUCAGUACGACGCGCGCAGGAAGGCGGCGCACGCGGCCAAGACCGUCAAACACGGGGCAGGAGCCGAGAUCUCCACGGUGCACCCCGAGCAGUACGCUAAGCGCUUCCUCGACUUCAUCUCCAACAUCUUCGCCUGAGGGGGGCCCUGGAUGCCCCCGGG